CAUAGAGUAACGUGAUGACUAAUGUUAAGUGACAUAUUUUAUGGAAAAUUCAUAUUAUAUUCAAUGACAAUAACAGUGCAGAACAACUGAUAAACUGUUCAAUUAACCCAAAAAUGAAUGCAGGAAGUUUCUGUAAAAUGGAUGAAUUUUCAUCCAGAAUAUUUCAAUAUAUAUCAGAGAUAGGUUUUCCUCUUAGUUUUAGGAAUUUUUAAUAACAUUAUCAGUCUUUAUUGUAUGUUAUUAUUUAUUUUAACCAUCAUACAUACAUAAUAGUAUUAUUUUUGACAAAUGCAGUGUUUUCUUCUCCCUAACGCUUGGCUAUUGUUCUAUUAGCUUUUUGGUUGUUUUAACUGCAUACUUGAAUAUAGAAGCUUGUGUAUAAUAAUGCUGCUCAUUGGGGUCCCGACCCCAAGGUUGAGAAACACGGGUUUAAAGCAGACAGAAGAGAGGAAAUCGUUUUAAUUAGACUACGGUUCAACCACACAGGAAUAAAUAAAACAUUGUAUCUGCUGGAGAAAAGAAUAUCAGAUGAAUGCUUUGAAUGUAAAACUACAGAAAAUGCGGAACAUUUGAUCAUGUACUGCAGAAAGUACAGUUCAGGGAAGAGAGGAUAAGACUAGCUCAGAAGAUUGGUACGGCAGGUAGGAAAUGGGACCUUGCGGGUACAACAGGAGAUGGAGUGAAGGACACAGAAAGCGGUCGUGGAAUAUUUGAAGGAGAUAGGAAUGUAUCAUAGAAUAUAGAUUUAGUAUUUAGUUUAGUGUGUAUGCUUGGUUUGUUUUCUUUAAUUAUAAAUACUAUCAUUUAAUUAGUACUUUAUUUACCCAAUGAUGUAAAGUAGGGAUAACAUGUCAUAAUCAUACUACACACUCCGGAACAGUAGGUGGCGGUUUGCACCUUAUAACUAACGGUUGCUUCCCGCCAUUAAACCAGAAAAACAAGACGAAGAAGACGUUGAGAAUCGUGUGUAAACUGUCAUGGCCGCUCUUCUUGACAUAGUAUUUUAGCAAGCAAUUAUAUGCUAAAUUAACAUUUUUUCUUUGACUUUGAGUGAUUGUUGCUAACUCAUUGAUCAGGUUUGAGAUAGAGAGACACUUUGACUGUGAGCUGAGAGUUUGAGAGUGCAGCUGGAAGCACUUCGUUCAACAUGAGAACUGUUUUGAUGGUGGCAGAGAAACCAUCCUUGGCUCAGUCGAUUGCCAAAAUCCUCUCUAAAGGAAAUUGUACAAGUCGCAAGGGGCUCAAUGGAGCAUGCUCGGUGCACGAAUAUCCCGGGAGCUUCCAGGGCCAAACUGUGCGCUUUAAGAUGACUUCUGUUUGUGGACAUGUAAUGAGUCUGGAUUUCAUCGGGAAGUACAACAACUGGGACAAGGUGGACCCUGCAGAACUCUUUAGCAAAGCUACCACAGAAAAAAAGGAGGCCAACCCUAAGCUCAACAUGGUCAAGUUCCUCCAGGUUGAAGCCAGAGGCUGUGACUACGUGGUUUUAUGGUUGGACUGUGAUAAAGAAGGCGAGAACAUCUGUUUUGAGGUGCUGGAUGCCAUCCAGCCAGUGAUGAACAAAGGGAGUGUCAGGGAGCAGAGUGUUUACCGUGCCAAAUUCAGCUCUAUCACUGACACUGACAUCUGGAAUGCCAUGAACCGCCUGGGAGAGCCCAACCGCAAUGAAGCCCUUGCAGUAGAUGCUCGUCAGGAGCUGGAUCUGCGCAUCGGCUGUGCCUUCACCCGGUUCCAGACAAAGUAUUUCCAGGGAAAAUACGGCAAUCUAGACUCCUCUUUAAUCUCAUUUGGACCAUGCCAGACUCCAACACUAGGCUUCUGCGUGGAACGCCAUGACAAGAUCCAGUCCUUUAAACCGGAGACUUACUGGAUCCUUCAGGCAAAGGUGUUUAGAGGAAAGGAGAGCCCACUGACAUUGGACUGGAACAGGCUAAGAGUCUUCGAUAGGGAGGUGGGUCAGAUGUUUGUCAACCUGGCCAAGACAUCCCGGGAUGCUCAGGUGGAGUCAGUGAGUAAGAAAGAGAAGGCGAAGCAGAGGCCUCAGGCCUUGAACACAGUGGAGAUGUUGAGAGUGGCCAGCUCUGCCUUGGGCAUGGGUCCGCAGCAUACUAUGCAGAUUGCAGAGCGCCUGUAUAUACAGGGUUACAUCAGCUACCCACGUACUGAGACGACUCACUACCCAGAGCACUUUGACCUGAAGGGAACACUGAAGCAGCAGACCAACAAUCCCAUGUGGGCAGAAGAGGUGAAGGCUCUGCUUUCAACUGGAUUAAACCAACCCAGGAAAGGAAGUGAUGCUGGAGACCAUCCACCUAUAACGCCCAUGCGUGCUGCGUCAGAAGGGGAACUGGGAAGUGAGGGCUGGCGGCUAUACGACUACAUCACACGACAUUUCAUUGCCACUGUCAGUCAGGACUGCAAGUACCUACAGACUACCAUAGACUUCAACAUUGGCACAGAAGCCUUCUCAUGUAGUGGCAAAACCCUGAUAUCACCAGGUUACACAGCAGUGAUGCCAUGGCAGGGUAUUCCUCUGGAAGAGGCCAUGCCAGUGUGUGAGCGUGGAGACACUUUCACAUUAGACGAGAUCAAGCUGGUGGAGAAGCAGACCAGCCCCCCAGACUACCUGACCGAGGCUGAACUCAUCACCCUCAUGGAGAAACAUGGCAUUGGUACUGAUGCCAGCAUCCCUGUCCACAUGAACAACAUCUGCCAGAGGAACUAUGUAACCGUGGAGAAUGGACGCAAGUUGAAGCCAACCAACCUGGGCAUCGUCCUGGUACAUGGUUACUACAAGACAGAUGCAGAGCUGGUGCUGCCCACCAUACGUAGCGCUGUGGAGAAGCAGCUGACCCUUAUCUCUCUGGGUAAGGCUAACCACCAGCAGGUCCUGCAACACACGCUGGAUAUCUUCAAGAGGAAGUUCCACUACUUUGUGGAUUCCAUCCCCAGCAUGGAUGAGUUGAUGGAGGUCUCUUUUUCCCCCAUUGCUGCCACAGGGAAGCCCCUGUCCCGCUGCGGCAAGUGCCACCGCUUCAUGAAGUACAUCCAGGCCAAGCCCAGCAGGCUCCACUGCUCCCACUGUGACGAGACCUACAGUCUUCCCCAGAAUGGAGCAAUCAAGUUGUACAAGGAGCUCCGCUGUCCGCUCGAUGACUUUGAGCUUGUGCUGUGGACCUCUGGGCCCCGGGGCAAGAGCUACCCUCUGUGCCCGUACUGCUUCAGCAACCCGCCUUUCAGGGACAUGAAGAAAGGUAUGGGAUGCAAUGAAUGCACCCAUCCAUCCUGUCAGCACUCUCUCAACUCUUUGGGCAUUGGACAGUGCGUGGAGUGUGAUAGUGGGGUUUUGGUGCUGGAUCCCACUUCUGGACCAAAAUGGAGGAUGGCCUGUAAUACAUGCAAUGUGGUGGUGCACUUCUUUGACCAUGCACAUAGAGUGCAGGUUGCACAGGAGAGCUGCGAUGCCUGCGAAGCCUCUUUGGUCGCGGUUGACUUCAACAAGACUCGCACACCACUUCCUGCUGGCGAGACCCAACACACUGGCUGUGUUUUCUGUGAUCCAGUCUUCCAGGAUCUGGUGGAGCUCAAACAUGCCACCAUGAGGCACCGGGGUGGGGGUGCGAGACGAGGAGGACGGGGACGUGGCAGGGGACGCCGUGGCAAUCCCAAAAAGCCUAAAGACAAAAUGGCUGCCUUGGCAGCUUACUUUGUAUAGGGUGUCUGUAUAACGCAUCUUGUAUUUGCUUGACACAUAGUAUGAAGGUGUAUAUGUCAGUAAAUGGACUUCUGUUUUACAUGUGAAUUUAAUUAUACUGAAGUAAAAUAUGUAUUAAAUGUCA